AUGUCGCUACAUCUGGAAACGUGUCCGAAACAUUUACUAGUAUGGGAGAAAUGUAAUUUUUUGAAUAAAGAAUCUCGUCAUGAAGUUCACGUGUUCGAGCACAGUUUUAACUGUAAGCUUUCUUUACUAAUACCUGAAUGUGGAGCACUGCCUGCUGAGCUAGCAAAAGUGAUCAAUAAUUUUAGCUCAUAUUACCUUGUUCGGGAUGUGCCUGUGUACAAAUUCCUGGAGGAUGAAAUGUUCAGAAAUGGUGGUUUUUAUGCACUCUCCUUCAACACCAGAAUUGAUGAAGACAAUUGUGUUGCUUUACUGCCGAGUGGUAAGUUGAUAUUGUCACUUGAUAAAGACACAUAUGAGCAGCUUGGCUUGGAGGGAAAACCAUCGCUGUACAAUCACAGAAAGGUCAUGAGAUAUGUUGUAACUCUGGACCUCACUCAGAAAUCUUUGGCUCCUGGUACAAAGCGAUAUCAGCAAACUCUGUCAAGUUUGAAAGAACGAGUACCACUGAGAUGUGACUUCCUUGUAUCAACAUCUCGCUCAGGACAAGACCAAGAUGCACCUUUGCAGGGAUUUCUCUCUCCGUUUGUGUUCGAGAAACACAGGCCUACUUUAAAUAUCCAGAAUCUGAAUAAUCUACUGUGCCCCUCGCUUCACUCCACAGACCUACAGGGAACACGACUUUCUUGUACCCCAAUUGACUUCCUAGAGUGGCUCGGAACAGUCAGUCUGAAUAUCAGCUGUGAGAACUCGGCUGCCAGUUUCCUUUCUACAUAUGUGUGUCCUGAGCCUUGCAGUUCAGUGAGCCAGGGUCUGCUCUGCACUGUAACUGGGCUCAUCCUUCCCGAAGAUAUACAUGCUCUGCUACAAAUAAUUAGACAGUCUUUUGAUGACCACCAGUUUACAACUUGGCUUUCACUUACUGUUCAUGGAUUUGCAGACAGUCCCGUUUCAUGGAAAUCUGCAGAACACGGGUUUCUUAAGGGUGGAGAAAACUUUUACAAUUUGGUUUGCUUCAAAAACCAGGACUACUGGUUAUACAUGUGUUCUGGUUCACAAUAUACCAACCCCCCAUGAACUACUGUACAUAAACGGGCAAGAGAUCAGUUUUAUUUUCCUUCAUGCUCUCAUUUCAUUUAUUAUGGAUGAAAAUUUGGCCUGGAAGAUGU